GCCUAUUGCCAGGAUAUAUCACAUUGAAUAUGCGUUCACCGACUUCCUAUUUUAACCAGAACUACGCUCGCCAUCUCCAUGCUCGGGGCUAUAGUGCUCGAGGCUUCCGGCGGUUCGCCAAGGUUGCCGUUGUCGGAACGUGUGUCUACUUGGUCUCCAAGAAAUUGAUCCAUCAAUGGAAUGUUCGUCCUCAGAAUCCACAAUCAAAUGUGGCUUGAACGAUUGGUUAUUGGAGUUGAUGGCGCUAGCGAAGGAAGUAAUUAGAGUUCGGAUCUGCAGGUUAGAACAUUAGUGCCCGGACUACAGGUUUCUUGUGAUAGAUACUUGGCAAUAAUUUGGGGAUCGCCAUUCAGCCUUUUAAAUUUAUUGCCCCUACGGAUGGAUGGUUUCAGGAAUGUCAAAGACAUGAUUUGAUU